GCGCUUAUCACCCUGCGACUGCCCUUUGAGCCGCGCUCCUCGCGGAGUUCGCGCAUCGGUGUACCCCUGUCACCACUUGCAUCCCACUUCCGCACUCCGAUCUCCAUACACGUCGAUUGUUGACGAUCGCCCCCGGUGCAUGGGGUAGAGAGCAAAGAUGGCUCCAGGCGGCGCUGGAAAUAUUAAGGUGGUGGUGCGAGUGCGGCCUUUCAAUAGUAGAGAAAUCGAGCGCGGCGCAAAAUGUAUCAUUUCCAUGAAAGGUCCUCAGACCGUUAUCACGGCACCACCCGGCGCACAGGAUACAUCGUCACGAAAAGGCGGGAAAGGAGCUGUUGAAGGGCCAAAGGUGUUCGCCUUUGAUCGAUCAUAUUGGUCAUUCGAUAAGAAGGCACCGCAUUUCGCUGGCCAAGACGACCUCUUCGAUGACUUAGGUUCUCCGCUUUUAGACAAUGCCUUUGGUGGCUAUAACAACUGUAUUUUCGCAUAUGGUCAGACCGGUUCAGGAAAAUCAUACUCUAUGAUGGGUUAUGGCAAGGAAUAUGGUGUCAUUCCGCGAAUUUGCCAGGACAUGUUUGAGCGAAUUGUCGCAAUUCAGAAGGACCAAUCUUUGAACUGCACAGUUGAGGUGUCAUACCUGGAAAUCUACAAUGAACGAGUACGAGAUCUGCUCAACCCGUCAAAUAAGGGCAAUCUGAAGGUCCGUGAGCACCCGUCUACUGGUCCAUACGUCGAAGACCUGGCCAAACUCGUGGUCCGCUCCUUCGAGGAGAUUGAGAACUUGAUGGACGAGGGUAACAAGGCCCGAACGGUUGCCGCAACGAACAUGAACGAAACCUCGAGUCGAUCACAUGCCGUCUUCACCCUGACCCUAACACAAAAGAGACACGACAAUGAGACAUCAAUGGACACCGAGAAGGUGUCGAAAAUCAGUUUGGUUGAUUUGGCAGGUUCAGAACGAGCUAAUUCAACGGGUGCUACUGGUGCACGAUUAAAGGAGGGUGCGGAGAUCAACCGUUCCUUGUCAACGCUUGGUCGUGUCAUUGCUGCCUUGGCGGAUGUCUCUGCCGGAAAAAAGAAGAAUGCCUCCAUGGUUCCUUACCGUGAUUCAGUGCUCACAUGGUUGUUGAAGGAUUCAUUGGGUGGUAACUCCAUGACAUCUAUGAUUGCAGCCAUUUCUCCUGCAGACAUCAAUUUCGAGGAAACUCUUGGUACUUUGCGAUAUGCCGAUUCCGCCAAACGAAUCAAGAACCAUGCCGUUGUGAACGAAGAUCCAAAUGCACGCAUGAUUCGUGAGUUGAAGGAAGAAUUGUCACAGCUCCGAUCCAAGCUGGGAGGCGGAGUAAUACCAGGAACAGCCGGUGCAAUCGGUGGUGUGGGAGCUACUGCAGAGGAAUCUUAUCCCCCUGAUACGCCGCUGGAGAAACAAAUGGUUUCUAUCCAACAGGCAGACGGAAGUGUCACGAAAGUCAGCAAGGCCGAGAUCGUGGAACAGCUCAACCAGAGUGAAAAGCUUUACAAAGAUCUCAAUCAGACUUGGGAGGAGAAGCUGCAAAACACUGAGCUUAUUCACAAGGAACGUGAAGCUGCGCUGGAGGAACUCGGUAUCAAUAUUGAAAAAGGCUUCAUUGGACUGAGUACACCGAAAAAGAUGCCCCAUUUGGUCAACCUCAGCGACGAUCCCCUUCUCGCCGAAUGUUUGGUGUACAACAUCAAGCCAGGCACCACCACAGUUGGUCACAUGGACCAAGGCCAAAGUGUCGAGAUUCGAUUGAAUGGAUCCAAAAUCCUUGAAAAGCACUGCACAUUCGAGAAUGUGGACAAUAUUGUGACAAUUGUGCCCACGGAAGGAGCUGCCAUCAUGGUCAACGGUAUGCGGGUUGACAAGCCAACACGACUGAAGAGUGGUUUCCGAAUUAUUCUUGGUGACUUCCACAUCUUCCGAUUCAACCACCCCCAAGAAGCCCGAGCCGAACGUGUUGAGCAGAGCUUAUUGCGUCACUCCGUUACCACCAGUCAGCUCGGAUCACCUGCGCCUAACAAAACCCAUGAUCGGAAUUUGAGCAAGACCGGAUCUGAAGUGGAUGGUGAUUCAACCGGGACAGACUCACCGAUGCCGUCACAACGUGGCCGUGAAUCGGAUUGGUUCUUAGCUCGCAGAGAGGCUGUGAAUGCCAUGGUUGGACCGGAUCAGAUUUCUCAUCUGCCAGACGAUGAGCUGGAUACUCUGUUUGAGGAUGUGCAAAAGGUUCGAGCGGGCCGGCGUGGCCUGCCAGAAAACGAGGAAGACUCCGACUCCAUCAGCUCUUUCCCCAUUCGAGACAAGUACAUGUCUAACGGGACAAUUGACAAUUUUUCUCUUGACACCGCCAUCACAAUGCCCAGCACCCCAAAGCAUACUGACGAAGAAGAGUCAGGAACUGCUUCGCUCAACCAAGCUCGUCAGGACAUGCAGCGGCAGCUGGAUCGUCGCAAGGAAGAAUUCCAAGAAAAACUGAAGUCCGUGGAAGCAUCCUCUACCCCCGAUUCCCCAGAGCUCCGAACCGAGAAAGAGCGCAUGGAAGAGGCUCUGCGAAGCGCCAAAGAAGAAUUUGAGGAGCAACUGAGAAAGCAAAAAGAGGUAUUCGAAACUCAAAUGCGAGAUAUGGGCAAACCAAUCCCACAAAUCUUCGAAAAUGGCUUUACUAAGCUGGACGAUCGCGAACUUGGCGUUGCACGAUCGGUAUUUGGCCGCUGGUCCCAGCGCAACUAUGUUCGCAUGGCGGAGAAGAUCCUGCAACAUGCCUCGCUCAUUAAGGAGGCACAGAUUAUGAGCCACAUCAUGGAUAAGCAUGUGGUUUUCCAGUUCGCCAUUGUCGACCAUGGCCACAACAUGGAGUCGUCAUAUGAUCUUGUGCUGAACGGAAUAUCUGGAGACGAGGACAUCCUGCUAGACGAGGCUAAGAAGCCUUGUGUGGCAGUACGCGUAAUUGACUACAAGCAGUCCGUGAUUCAUCUUUGGUCAAUUGAAAAGCUCCAGCGUCGCGUUCAGGCCAUGCGCCAACUACAUCAAUACAUCGAUCGUCCCGACUACAUUCAACACUUCAAACUCGACAACCCUUUCUCCGAACCGUGUUCACCUCAGUACUCUCUCGUUGGCGAUGCCGAUAUACCCCUGACGGCCGUUUUUGAGACCCGCGUGCAAGACUUCUCCAUCGAAAUCACGUCACCAUACACUCAAAAUGUCGUCGGAAUCAUUCGACUCUCACUCGAGCCAUCCUCUGCCCAGGCACCGUCGUCAACUCUGAAAUUUAACGUCGUCAUGAGGGACAUGGUCGGGUUUGCAGAGUGGGAGGGGUCUGAUGUACAUGCACAGUUGUUCGUCCCAGGCAUUUCAGAGGAAGGAGGCGCAACCACAACUCAGAUGAUCAAUGGGUUUGAGGAUAGCCCGGUCCGGUUUGAAAGCGUGCACAGCAUGAGCUUGCCACUCUCGAGUCCUCGGACAGCCGCAUUGAAGGUCUGUGUCUACGCUUGUGUGACUUCAGUCCAUCUUGAUAAGCUACUGAGCUGGGACGAUAUGCGUGACUCGGCAGAGCCUUUGCCACAAAAGCGCACUGCUCCUCGAAUUGCCGAAUCUGAAUUUUAUUCCGAGGAACGGCACGACGUCUUUGCUCGAAUCCAGAUUCUGGAAAUGGCUGAGUCUGGUGAAUACCUCCCCGUGGAGGUUGUCCAAAGCAGCAGUCUUGAUGCUGGCACAUCUCAGCUUCACCAAGGGCUGCAACGCCGAAUCUCCAUCAACAUGACCUACAGCUCGACCGAAAGUCUCCCAUGGGAUGACAUAAACAACAUUCGCGUGGGAUCUGUUCGCCUUCUCGAUCCAUGGGGAAAGAUCCCAGACCAGGAUUUCCAGACUCCGGACGUUCCCUUGAAGUUUGUUCAAGAGCCAAUGGUCAGGGACAACGCCGAUGGAACCUCGCAUGUGACAAUCGUGGGUCAGUGGGACUCAAGUCUUCACGGCUCUCUCUUACUUGAUCGAGUGACGGCAGAAAAGUACCGGGUACAAGUGACAGUUCGCUGGGAUCUUGUUUCAAGUCGUCUUCAGAACCCCGUUGUGUUCGAGGCCGAUCAGACCCUUCAAAUCCAGGGCCGUACCUAUGUCCGCCAGCAGUCAAUGUUCAAGCAAUUCUGGAACUCUAUUCGUGUUGUGCAUUCGACGACCCGGAUGUACUCCUUGGUCAUUCGUCCAAUCUCCGCCAAGCGCGCCGCUGACCUGUGGCGCAUGAACACACAGAAUGACUAUGUCAAGGGGGAGGAGCUAUUGACUACCUGGGCACCCCGAAAAGUCUCUCUGGUGCGCGACUACAUUGCCGCUCGUAAGCGUAGACUACGUGUGGCCGAACUCCAUGCUGCCCGAGGCGCUCUCAGUGCAGGCAGUCUGAACGCAUCCUCGGCUCGCAGUGGAAAGUCCACCCCAAUGCGCGGCACAGAUCUCAAUGAACGCAAGUCAAAACUACUUCAGAAGUACCUUGAUCUGUGGUCGCUCAAGCAGGAUCCCACCGAAGCGAUCCUGAUCCGAAGUAAUACCGAACCCCCUACAGAUGGAGCGGCGAGUGCGUCGUACAUCAAGAACUCAAAUGAUGCCAAUGGCUUCUCUGACAAGGUGUCACUCAAGCCUCGCUUUGUGGCAACCAUUCAAACCCUUCCCAAAAAUCCUUCCGCCUUGAAAACGGGCUACGUGCUUACCCCCGAUGACACAAACAAUGUCUGGGUUCGCCGUUUCGUGGAGCUCCGCAGGCCGUACCUCCACAUCUACUCUGUCCCAGAGGGCGACGAGAUCAACGCAAUCAACCUCCGCAACUCGCGAGUGGACCAUGCUCCCGACUUUGCCAGACUACUCGACGGAUCUGGAGCUGGAGCGGACCGCUCACUAUCCGCUAAGGGACGACCGAAUAUUUUCGCCGUCUAUGGAACCCAGAAUACGUUCCUCUUCGCUACUCGUACCGAGGCGCAAAAAGUGGAAUGGAUCCUGAAGAUAGACGAGAGCUACUUCAAUAGCAACAGUCCCAGCGCGGCUGCAAGCAGUGAUGACCGAUGA